GCAGGCGAUGGGCCCCCAUCAAGAUGUCUCAUCAAAUUAAGAUAGGCCCAGGCCCCUCCAGGCCCUUAAUCAUCCGCAAGCGACAGCGGGUGAGCGCAAAGGUCGGCGUACUUGUGGUGGUGGACAACUCCAUCUUCCGGCAAUAUCUGCUAGAUAACGGGGGCGACCACAAGGUGGCGCUGGCCCGAAUCCGGAGGUACUACGGCAUGGUGUUCGCCAUGAUUGAUCAGAGGUACGCCACAAUUACUGACCCAGAUUUAAGCAUCAGCGUAAAGAUAUCUGGAAUACUGGUCGCCGAGAGGCGGGAGGAUUCCGGCUGGCUGGAACAGCUUGUAGACUGGGGCACGGUAACCACGCACGGGAUGGCGUCCAUCUACACUGACAGGGCGCUGAAGAAAUUCACCAAAUGGCUCGGCGGGCGUCGACACCUGCCAGAGUUUGACCACGCCAUGAUCUUCACCGCAUACAGACUGACUAUUAAACAAGGCAUUGGUCUGGGAGGUAUGGCUUAUCUGAAUGCUGUUUGUCAAACAUCAUCAUCUGUAUCCAUCGUUGCCGACAGGGGCGACUUCCAGUGUGUGAAGGUGGCUACCCACGAGCUGGCGCACAGUUUGGGUGCCAACCAUGAUGGAGACAAGCAGAGCAAGAGUUGUCCCCCAAGCGGAAAUUACGUCAUGUCUCCACAACCUUCACACGAGAGGCACGUGCUGAGGAACGCAUUCUACUUCUCUCCAUGUUCCGUCCGGGACAUGCUGAUACACCUCAGAAAGUCUUCCUCGGCCUGCGUGAACGAUGACCCCCCAGUUUACUACAGCUAUGAGCUGAAACGGCUACCGCCGGGCCACCUGUACACAGCCGACAUGCAAUGUAAACUUAUCUUCGGCAAGAAGUCCGCCUUCUGCACGGACGGCAAUGUUCAGGAUGUUAUGUGUGGACAGCUGUGGUGCAAGGAUCCUCAUAAAGUUUCUGGCUGCAGGACCAACUCUUACCUAACUGCCCUACCUGGUACAGAGUGUGGCGUAAACAGGAUUUGCCACCUCGGCGAGUGUAUCCUGGACCCAGCCAAGAAUGCUAUAAACUCACCAGUGCCACAGAUUCGCAUCAUUCCCAGCCGUCAGCGUAACAAUGAAGUUCCUUCUUACAGGAUGAAAGGACCAGCAGCAACGCAAAAAGCUCAAGAGAAGCGGAAUCGCACGACUGCUCGGCAAGACCGCUGCAGGGGAGACAAGAACGACGUCUAUUGUCAAGGGCUACUCCAGGUGAACCCCGGCGGUUGCAGGCGCCGGGCUGUCAGACAAUACUGCUGCCAGACGUGCAACAGGUACAGCCCCAACUGAGGAGCAGACGUUCAUUCUUUGCUUGUAGCAUCUACUCACUUCAGCUGGCUCUGCGCAGCUGUGCACCAGGAACUGCGACCCGCCCCCAAACGCCCUGUAUUGAGACUUACGUGUCUAGAAGUAACUGUGACUUAAGCUGAGCUGCGGCGUAGUCUCGGAACAAACCAUUACAAUGAUGGUUAUUGCAAUAUUGAACUUCCUUUAGUCCUGGAACAAAAAAAAAAAGACUUAUAAUAUACGCAGAUAAAAAAAAAAAACAAUAACUAAACAUUAUAAUGUUAUAUGCGGCUUCGUUAUCAAAAAUUCUGGAAGACUGAACUUUUCAAUCUCCAAAAUGUGGCCAUGUUUCCAGAUGUUUCCUGCGAUUUAAUACAACUAAAAAAAAAUAAAAGUAAAUUGUGUACAUUGUUUUGUUUUUCAAGCGUAUUAAGAAGUAAAAUUAGUUGGAACUACUUUUUUGUGCGUUAAUGAACAGUCUUGAAUCAGCCAAAUGUAGGAAUUCUGUUGUCUUCAUUAAUCACACACUGAGCACUUUGUUGAAAUUAUUGGAUUAUAUUUAUGCUUUCAUCUAUGUGGUCUCCAUGUAUAUUUCGGUUCAAUGAGUGUUUAUGAGCUUGCUGUCUACGUUAAAAUGUAUUUUUUUUUAAUGCUUAUCCUUAUAGGAUAGUUUUAGGAUAUUCAAUUGUAUUGUAACUGUUUGACAGCAUUAAACAUUUACACCUAUGUAAACAAAUAUCAAAUAUUUGUAGCGCAAAGAUAUGCAUCAAAUUCUUCUAGUACUAGAGUACGUCAUUUGCUUGAUAGUAAUGUUCCAUUACUUAAACUUUGUGAUUUCAGUAGGACUGGAAGAUCUGCGCUAUUCAUUGCAUAAUCUCUCAUCGUUGUU